CAACAAAAACAACACAAACACAACACAACCUCAUUUGCGUUUGCGUGAUAAUCGUUUUUUCAUUUUCAUACAAAUUAUAAAAAAAUAAAAGUGUUUGCAAUAUUGAUUAAAUAGUGAAAAAAAUUAGGAAAUUAUAAUUUAGAGUUUCUACUGUACUUUCGUGUUUAAAUUCAAACUUGUAAUUAUGUAGAGAAGACAUUAUUUUGAUGUUACUCAAUGCCGCAGUUUUGAUAUGUUUUUUACAUUAUUCAAAGUCAAGUAUUGUUUUACCGAGUUUUACAUGGAGUCAUGUUAGAGUAGUUAUAGACUACCGAACCUUUUGAUUGGAAAUGGAUACAAGCAGCGCAUGUCUAGGCGAAGAUGAUGAUGUAUCAAUUACCUAUGUUGCAAAAACACUCAUGAAGAAUGCUGCGACUAAAAAGAAAAUUGAAAAGGCAUUGGAAGUAGAACAGCAAGCCCGAGACGAGCGCACGGCAGCAGAGAAUAUAGCUCAGAUAAUGCGCCAAUAUGAGAACAAAUUGUACGGAGAGGAUGACACGUCCCAGCCAAACUCACGAGUGGGGCCCGCCAUGCCCGUUGAACCUGUUCGGAAGAAGAAGAAGAAAAGACGCUCACAGAUAACAAUCUGCCUCGUGAACUGUCGCUACGAGUCCAUCCGGAAGGUGGCGGGCGCGUUCGGCAUGCGAGAGGUACCCGAGGAUGAGGCGUGGAACUUCUACUGGACCGACAUGAGCGUGUCGGUGGAGCGAGCGAAAGAGAUGAAGCGCUUCCAGAGGAUCAACCACUUUCCCGGCAUGCUCGAGAUCUGUAGGAAAGACCUGUUAGCGCGUAACUUGAACAGAAUGCAGAAAAUUUAUCCCAAAGAGUACAACUUCUUUCCCAAGACCUGGUGUUUGCCGGCUGAUUUUGGCGAGGCUCUAAACUACAGCAAGAUACGUAAGAACAAGACUUUCAUAAUUAAACCUGAAUGUGGGAGUCAGGGUCGAGGCAUUUACUUGACGAAAUCUCUGAAAGACGUCAAGCCUACUGAGAAAUUAAUAUGCCAGGUUUAUGUCGCGAAGCCGUACUUAGUGGAUGGCUAUAAAUUCGAUAUGCGAGUGUACACGCUUAUUACGUCCUGCGACCCACUCCGGAUAUUUGUCUACAAUGAAGGCUUAGUAAGAUUCGCAACGAGCCGCUACGCCGACCCCAGCGCGAACAAUACGACGAAUGUGUUCAUGCACCUCACCAACUACGCAGUGAACAAGCACAGUCGCACCUACGUGCACGACUCCGAGGCCGGCAGCAAACGCAAGAUAUCUACACUGAACAAGAUACUGCAGUCUCAAGGCGUCAACGUGGAGGCUCUCUGGCAGUCCGUGGACCAAGUGAUCGUGAAGACGAUCAUAUCGGCCUGGCCCAUACUGAAGCACAGCUACCAUGCGUGUUUCCCCACGCAUGAUAUGGUCCAUGCGUGCUUUGAAAUACUUGGAUUCGACAUUCUGCUGGAUCAUAAGUUACAUCCUUUUAUCUUGGAGGUGAACCACUCGCCCAGUUUCCACACGGACACGCAGCUAGACCGCGAGGUGAAGGAGGCGCUGCUGUCGGACACGCUGUCCAUGCUCAACAUCUGGCAGUGCGACCGACGCCGCGCGCUGCUCGAGGACCGGCGCCGCAUCCGCGACCGACUCACCGGGCACUCGGAGGCGGCUGAAGACAGGGAGGUGGAGACGAGCCCGUGGCAGACACAGAUCACGUGGGAGGAGACGCAUCUCGGGAACUACCGGCGUGUGUACCCGGCCGGCGAUCAAUAUGCAGCUCUAUUCCAACAGCCUGCCGGUUCAUUGUACACUGCCACCGCGUCUUCUAGGGCUAGAGGCGACUGCACUAGAAUACAGAAGGAAGAGUUUCUGCAAACAAAAGAAAAAGCGGAAGCUUUGAAAAAGCCGUCACAGCCACAACCUAAAGUGGAACGCAAAAAGCUAUCAGUAGAAGAGAGUGUGGCAAAUACCACCGUGACCUCUGUCACUGGUGUAACGAGUGUGACGGAGAAGAGUUGCCGGUCCAAGGCGAGAGAGAGACGGAGGGAGAGGGAAGAGAGAGAGAAGCGACUGGCUGAAAUACCCUCCAAGAUCACUGUCACUCCUCCGGAACCCGCCACGGCCCGCAAGCCCGCCCCCGUGUUCCGGUCCUUCGAGCCGGACCCGAUCCUGCGCGUCGAGGAGUCGGAGCGCCGCAACCAGCUCGCGCAGAGGGACUUCCUAAUACGCAGCUACGGCGUACUGGAACAGAUCUACCUGGUGAUGAAGAAGACGGGCACGCUGCGGCCCGAGGACGAGCGCAAGUACGGCGUGUACGGACGCCUCUCCGCCGCCGAGCCAAGACCAAAGAAACAGAUAAAAUUUAAUGUGCGGUCCGACGCGAAGAUUCACCCGGUGCGGGGCCGCCCCGCCUGUCGAGGCGUUCCGGAGGAGUAUGGUCUCCGCGUGCUAAGCAGUGAUCUCCUGCCGCUGCCCCCCGCCCCCGCCGCCGCCCCCCCGCGCUCCACGCGCGCCCAGGUCGUGCGUCGAGCAUACACCAACUGGAAGAUGCAUACAUUCCUACCAGAAAUAAAACUCAAGUGACGACGAUAUCCAUUCUGCAAUUGGGAUAACUUAGCAAUAACUAGUUACUCCUGUGUAAUUAUUGAUUCCAUUGCAAUCAGGGACAUAUCACUAGCUUUAUUCUCAAUGCCUAUUUAAAUUUCUUUACUUUUUGCUCUGAGACUCACUUUAUACUUACUUCUUGGCCUGUCUUUUUAUUGUUAUUUUCACGUUUGUAAAUUUUCGUACUUAUAAAUCAUGUAAGUUAAAUCUAAAAUAAAAUUCUUACAAUUUU